AUGUGUCAGGCUGAAGCUAAUUUGUGCGCGAAGUGUUCGGAGGGGAGAUGCGACUGUACUGUUACAGACUGCUGUAGCAGCAGCUGUAGUUGUCCCAGAUGUAAAGCCAGCUCCGAAGGCUUAGCUAAUUUGUGCGCCAAAUGUUCGGAGGGGAGCUGCGACUGUACUGUUACAGACUGCUGUAGCAGCAGCUGUAGUUGUCCCAGAUGUAAAGCCAGCUCCCAAGGCUUAGCGGCUAAAGGUACUACCUGUCCUGAUGGAAUAUGCCAACUUGGACGCGAGUGUGAGUGUGGCGACUCUUGUCAGUGCAGUGACGGAUGUCAGUGUCCUCAAUGUAAAGCCGGAUGCAAAAGUGCAGGUAGAGUGUCUCAUUUGUUAUGCACAGUUAGCUUUAAUCAGGACAAUAAAAAGAAACUCACACCAGGUAUUACUUGUAACUGCGCAUCCGCCGUGUACUGCGCCAAGUGUCCUGGAGGGAAGUGUGGUUGUACUGGUGCAGACUGUUGUACCAAAAACUGUAGAUGCCCCGGAUGUAAGAGCGGAUGUGGAUGCUUCCCGAAGAAAGGUGGCUUCUGUCCUGGUGGACAGUGUCAGGUCGGACGUGCGUGUGAGUGUGGAGAUUUCUGCACGUGCAGUGACACUUGUGAAUGCUCUGUCUGCAAGGCUGGCUGCAAGUGUGGAGGUGCCAAUGUUGUAUGUUCUACGAACUGUCAAUCAGGACAAUGCUGUGAAACUAGUGCUUGUCAGGGCAGGUGCAAGUCGGCUACAGCUGUGUUCUGUGCCAAAUGUCCCGGGGGGAGGUGUGGUUGUACUGGUGUGGAUUGUUGUACCAGCAAGUGUAGAUGCCUCGGAUGUAAAGUCAACUGUGGAUGUUUCUCGGCUAAGCGAGCUACUUGCCAGGAUGGAGCUUGCCACAAAGGGCGUGCAUGUAGGUGUGGCUGCAAAUGCAGUAGCGCAUUCCAGUGUCCAUCCGGCAAAGCUGGGUGCAAAUGUGCAGACUGCAAUUUCGUGUGUUCUGCAGAGUGUGGAUCUAGGCAGUGUUGUGGAACAAGUGCAUGUAAAUGCAACGGCAAGUGCGCAUGCCAGAAGUGCAGAUGCACCUGCGCAUCUGGGAACUGCACUUGCGAUAGGGGAUGUACUGGACCCUGCACUUGUAGAUGUGCUGCAGACUGCACAUGUAAGCAGUAA